AAACCCUAACUCUAGCCUCUUCCGAACCAUCAUCUUCGCAAUCUCUCUCCCCAUCAUCUCCGCCACUGCAAUCUACCAUGCCGGGCGCAGAAGGAGGUCCACCGGAGGUAACUCUCGCAACAUCCAUCGGCAAUCGACCACUGCAAUCAACUGCUCAGAUGUACGAUAAGCACGCUCCUAGGACUUGCAAAAACUUCAUUGAAGGGGCUACUACAACAACGCUAAGUUUCACAGAAUUAUUAAGGAUUUUAUUGUUCAAGGAGGUGAUCCUACUGGCACUUGUAUUUAAAAUUCCGGAUUUUGGUUGAAUUUCUUGCAUUCAAGGAGAUUUUAAAUUAGAGAUUUUGUGGUUUUCAUUUGACAAACGGAAACAAACGAAUGUUCAUGAAAGCGCAUGAACACAAACUGGAGGAUAGAAGACAACAGAUCCAGGACUUUAACGAUUUGGACAGCGAGUAUUAAAUCUUUCUUCUGAGCACUCGGGCUGGUGGGCUGGGAAUCAAUCUCACUGCAGGGGAUACUUGCAUAUUAUAUGACAGUGACUGAGUAAACUAUUCGGGUUUUUAUGUUUACUUGACCCGUUAAAUUUUUAUAAUCCAAAUUGACCUGUUUACCUCUGAUAACUUUUUAUAUAAAUGCACUCGAUACCCUUUUUAACCCUUUGUCAUUAUUAUGCGUUUGGAGUGCAGAACCCUCAAAUGGAUUUACAGGCAAUGGAUAGAUGUCACAAAAUUGGCCAAACGAAGCCCGUUCAUGUGUACAGGCUUGCAACUGCUCUAUCUUUUGAGGGUCGGAUGCUGAAACGAGCAUUCAGUAAGCUAAGGCUUGAGCAUGUGGUGAUCGGUAAACGUCAGUUUCAGCAAGAAAGAAUUAAAAACAAUGAAGUUUUGGAUGAAGAGGAUAUGUUGGCGCAUCUGAGAGACGAUGACAAUCCCGAAGAUAAAAUGGUGCAGACCGAUAUAAGUGACGAGGAUGAAGAAAAAGAAAGAUUAAAUGGAAUUACUGUGGGGUUGUUAGCUGAAAAAGAAAAAGAUAAGGUUGAUAAAGAUGCUAUGCUCGAUAGGAUGUCACAAAUUGAAGCUAUGUUAAAAAGUACAGUUCGAAGAUAGGCUAUAAACACUUGGUUUUGAAUAUUUCGAUGUUUAGCAUAUUAGGAUAAGUUUAGUUAUAUUUGAUGUUUUAGUUGACAUUUCUAUUCGAAUGUUUUAUAUGCCUUUCCAAUAUAGAUGUUUUAUAUAA